AUGUGGGCUCUCCAGGCCUUGGCCAUCAUGUUGAGCAUCCAAGCAGGAACACCUGACCUGGUGGGAACACCCUCAGAAGUAGGCACUCUUCCUCCUGCUGUGCCCACUGUGCAGACACUCCCUAUUAAACUGCCAAGUGCCUCAGGCCUCAAAGAUGACUCCAAACCUCAAGGCUCACCUCCCAAAAGGCACCCAGCUGCCCCCAUAGGUGGCAAGUGCACACCUACAGCCAGCUACUUCCUCUCCAGUGACAAACUCCAAGAAUAUCUCAUGGGCUCUCUGCCCCCACAGAUCGAGGACAUUGUGAAGUGUGACGAAGUGAACAUGGGAGGCCUGCUGGGGAAAGUGUUAACCACGGUGAACGAGGCUGACCUUCUCUCACUCUUAAAUGCCAAUUCCCUCCUGCAAGGGGGAGGCGCCCUUGACCUUCCUGGUCCUCUAGGCAAAGGAGAUAAUGAGGACUCCUCAAAGUCCUCAUCGGGCCCCAAGGCCAUUGGAGGUCUCACCGACAUGCUCCUAGGGGGUCCCCUGGGCAGCUUAACAAAGUCCGGUGGAGGCAAGGACACAGGAGAUGGACUCCUGAACAAAAAGGUCCUCUCCAAAGUCAAGGCAUCCCUGGAUGAAGAGGUUGAACAUGUAAACAGUAUAAGAGACUCCGUCCUGGAGGAAGUGAAGAAUGUCGUCCCAGAACAGAUCACAGACCCCCUUUCAGAUGUGCUCCAGACCAAAACCAAAGACCUUUUGAUCAACUUAAAGGUUGACAAAGUAACAGAGGAGAGCACGGACAUAGCCAUGGAAGACGAUGAGAUCCAAGUCCACUCUACGCUUACUGCCACCAUAGGUGCAGAUGGACUGGCUGGGACUGUCAUCCAGACACUACAAUUCCAAUCCCAGGUGGAAGUGACAAUGAGAAUUGCUACUUCCUCCAACAACACCCAAUGUGUCACCCUUGAUGUCCAAGACACCCACAUCCAGGUCAACACAAUGGACAUUAAGUUACUAAAGACAGUCACAGACACUGUGUCACUGCCCGUGAGUCUGCCCUUGAAUGACCUCAUCCCUGUACUGCUGACAGCAGAGAUGAAUGAGAAUCUGGAGAAAUCCAACUCCUGUGCCAUCGACCUCGGUGACUUCAAUGACUGCAAGAACACUACUGGCUUAUUCAAGUACCAAGUUCAAAGUUCCAUGAUCAAUCCCAAAGGACUCACCAUCCUCUACUGUGCUGAAGCCAAUUUCAGCAAAAAUUCAGUGCCUGUACCUGCAGGUCGGCUGCCUCAAGCUCCCAAAAAUGCCAGCAUUGCUCUAACUAUUUCCUCCUCCAUGUUGAAGACACUUGUGAAACAUGUGGCCAAGAACAGCUCUGUCCAGGUGAGUGUCCUCCAUCAUACAAAGAUCACCUAUGUAGGCUUGGCCUCACAGAAAGACAAUCUCCUCAAAGUCCAGUACAAAGUUAACAUCACAAAGGAUGGUGAGCACUUUGCCACUGGGAAAACGCAAUUAUAUAUCUCUCAUAGCAGCAAGAUUUCAGAUUCCAAACUGGAACCAAACAUCAAGCUCACAGCUCUAAACGUCAAGCACAGCGUGAAGCCCCCUGAAGCUAAGGAAGAGGUGGAAGGCAUUAUGUCCGAAGUCGUGAAGAAGAGCUGGGCUAAUUUAAAAGGCCUGUAUGCAGACAUGAAUAUGCCACCAGUGGUAUCUUCAUUUCCUAUAAAGGAUGCCCCUGUCCAACUGCUGAGAUCGGCUAAACUCUCUAGGUGCUCCCAGGCAGAUGCUCUCUCUCCAUCCCUGACGCACUGCUAUGUGAUCUCGUAG